CCAUUUCAAGACAUUCCUGGACCUAGAGGAUUGUACAACAUACCGUUUAUUGGAGCCAUGUUUUUUGUUCAAACCCUUCACCAGGUACACUGUAGAGACGGCCAACCUGUUGUACAAUGCCCUUGCCACCCAGUACGGCCCCCUGGUCCGUGUGCGCCUGGGUGAAUGGGUGGUGCUGGUGUCGGAUGUGGGGGAUAUGGAGACGGUGAUGAGGAGUGAGGGGAAGUACCCCCGGAGGAUGGAGCCCUACAUCAACGUACUGCACUGUGAGAAGUACGGCAUACCGAAAGGAGUUGGUAGUCUAGAAGGAGAAGAAUGGCACAGAUAUCGAAGUCCUUUAAAUGCCCGGAUGAUGAAGGUAAAUUCUGCGCAUCACUACCUUCCGGUACAGAAUGAAGUCGCAGAUGAUCUCGUAGCUCAGAUCAAACUGGGUAAAAUCCAGAAAGACGGCGCACUGGAAAUGUUCUUCAGAUAUGCAUGUGAAAGCAUCAGCGUGAUCGCCUAUAACAAACGUCUGGGGUAUCUGAGUCCUAACAUAGAGAGUGAUCCCUGGAAGCUGCAGGAUCUGAAGGACAUCCAAACCAUGUUUAAGCUGAUGAAUGAAACUCUAACUAUUCCCCACAUUUUACUGAAGAAACUGCCAUGGAGGGCCAAGAGGGAAUACGACACUGCCGUGAACCGUAUCAUCAGUCAUGCUACAGACUAUUACUCCACCACUCUGUCGAACAUCCAGCAGAGACAAAACGACGGCGUCGUGGACGAGAACAACUUCAUGAUGUCGCUGUUGAUGCUGGACAAACUCUCGGUUGAAGAAAUGGGAUCGGUCGCAUUUGAACUGUUUAGUUCUGGGACAGAAUCGACAGCGCGGAACCUGCAAAUGAUUCUGUAUUAUCUUGCACGUAAUCCCGACAAGCAGAACAAGUUGUUUCAAGAAGUCGUUGAGACAGUUGGACCACGAGCUCCGCUCACGACAGAGGCGCUCGGGAAGAUGAAGUACAUAUUUGCUUGUAUGAAGGAGUCGUUCAGACUAGCUUAUCCAAUACUGUCUGGUCCACAGAGAUAUAUAGCCACCGACAUUGUGCUUCAAGGCUACAGGAUACCUGCAGGUACAUCUGUGGCCAUGAUGAACCAGAAAGCGGCGAAGGACGAGAAGUACUUUCCUAACCCGGAAGCAUUCCUCCCCGAGAGGUGGCUGAGGGACGAGACCGGAAGGAGGAUGGUUCCCAUCCCAUCAUCCGCUGUACUUCCAUUCGGGUUCGGUCCCCGUCAGUGUCUAGGGAGAAGGUUCGCCGAGCAAGAAAUAUAUCUCGCACUCACAAAGAUAGUGCAGCAUUUCCGGGUGGAUCUGGAGCAUGGCCAUGAAGAUGUACAAUUAAGAUACAGGAUAUUUGUGGGGACCAAACAUCCCAUCCGCUUCGUCUUCGGGACGAGGUCAUGACAUCCUGCUGCUGAAAAGGAUUGUGGCAGUGUACAGUCUGGCCAUAAAAAAGUGCGUCUUUGUACAGUCUGGCCUUAAAGAGAGUCGCUUUGUACAGACUGGCCUCAAAGAAUGUGACAGUGUACAGUCUGGCCAUAAAGAUGUGACAGUGUACAGUCUGUCCUUGAAAAAUGUGGCAGUGUACAGUAUGGCCUUGAAGAAUUUGACAGUGUACAGUCUGGCCAUAAUGAUGUGACAGUGUACAGUCUGUCCU